AUGCCUGCUCAUUUGUAUAGCGAUAAUGGCACGACCUUCCAGGGUGCUGAUCGAGAGCUAAGGCAGAAUCUAACACAAUUACGGCGAGUUUCGGAUUUACUUAAUAAUUUAACAACUGAGGGCACUUCUAGGCAUUUUAUCCCUCCUGCGGCUCCUAAUUUUGGAGGUAUAUGGGAACUAGGUGUCAAAAGUUUAAAGCAUCAUUUACGUAGAUGUAUAGGUGCUUACACUUUAACCUUUGAAGAGUUCACGACUACACUCACUAGAAUUGAGGCGUGCCUUAACUCUCGCCCUAUUGGUCCACAUUCCGACGAACCCGAUGAUUUUUCCUAUCUCACACCAGGUCGUUUUUUAAUAGGACCUCCUCUUACGAAUCCUCCGGAACCCUCUAUCGAGUUGGUUCCAGAAAAUAGAUUAACUCGCUGGCAAAUUGUACAACGCAUAACUGAAAUGUUUUGGCGAAGGUGGAACGUGGAGUAUUUACAUUCUUUACAACAACGUUAUAAGUGGCAAGAUUCUUGUAAUAAUCUUCAGAUCGGUUCAAUUGUACUUAUUAAACACGAUGCUCUCCCUCCAUCUAAAUGGCAGUUAGGUCGAAUUAUUAAAACCUAUGUGGCCAAAGAUGGCUUGAUUCGAACAGUUCGAAUCAAGAAGGCCACUUCAGAGUACGACCGACCUAUAUCUGAAGUUUGUCCUUUGCCUCUGUCAUCAAUGGGAGCUGCUGAGUGGCCAGACAACCAUAAAUGA